AUGUUGCUGCUCGACAAGAACGAGGCCCAAGGUGUCCGCACCGCUGUGCUCGACUCUAUCCGUCAAUCCUCUCGCGAAGACAUCGGCAGCGGCCGCGUCGCGCACAAGGUCGGCAUCGUGACCGGCGUCGGCCCGGCCUCUGGCAUUGGGACCUUUGCCUCGCGCCUCUUUGCCCGCGAAGGCGCUCGCGCACUGUACCUUCUCGACUUGUCGGACGUGCUCCCCGACUUCGCAUCCGAGCUGGCCAAGACUUUCCCGGACACCAAGAUUACCUUUGUGCGUGGCGACGCCGCCGACGAAGCGACUGUGCGAGACAUUGUUGCCCGCGCUGUAAAGGAGGAAGGCAGGCUCGACUUUUACUUUGCCAACGCCGGAAUCUCGAAUGUCCGCCCCAAGGAGUGGGGCAAGUUUGACCCCAAUAGCCGCGAGAGCCAGCUCCAGGCGCUUAGGCAUGGUGGGCGGACAUUGGACAUGAUCUCUGUUGAGGAGUUUAUGGAAAUCCAGCGCGUUAAUGUGCUAUCGGGCUUCCUUGCGCUCAAGUACGCCGCUCCUGCCAUGCAGGAUGCCGCUCCAGCUGUUGGGAAGCGUAUUCCCGGUGGCUCGAUUGUUUUGACCGCCUCGGUGGCGGGCCGCCUCGCUAAUGCCGGCUCGCUGCCUUACUCGGCGUCCAAGGCUGCCGUUGUGAGCAUGGCCCAGACUGGCGCCUACGAGUAUGCCGGGUACAAUAUCCGCAUCAACGCUAUCUGCCCCGGCCUCAUCCAGACGGACAUGACUGCUGCCGUUUUCGCCGCCGCUCGUUCCAAUCACAACGAGGGCGCAACGGGCCAGAUCAACCCCCUACUCCGUCAUGGCUUGCCGGUUGAAAUUGCACAGGCUGCACUCUGGCUCGUGUCUGACGACGCGAGCUACGUCAACGGCCAGCCGAUCCCCGUCGAUGGCGGCCUCACAGCCAGCAUGCCGUACCAGCGCAAGCUGGUCAAGCGGCCGGCCAAGCUCUAG